AUCCCCCUUUCUUUCAUUCAACGCUCGCGCGUGAGGAUUCGUUAUUCAUUGCAUGCAAAGAAGCUAUCUAUCGUUGAUCGGCUAAGGUUUUGAUGGCACUCGGAUGAGCAGGAGAUGAAGAGGCACCGCGCUGAUUGGCUACGGCUGUUUAUUGCAGUGGCUAUGAGAGCUUCAAUCACCUGCGCUUCCUUCCUCUUCUCGCCGUGCUGCCCUUCCGCAUCGCCAGCGACGCCAGCGACGACGAAUGAGAUGGCACCGUUCCGUCGCCCAAGGCGGGCAUUUGGGCGAGUAGAGCGACGAAGAAAGAGAUCUCUAGCGCAUAUGAGAGGAGAGCGGCGCGCAGUGGGACGGAGAUCUCUGCUCACAGAGUCAGCGCGUGGCGCCUUGGGUGUCGCAUCGUCCCUCCUACUCAGCCCUUCUGCGGGAGCUCAGUGGCAGUUUGCGACGCCUGCACAGAUGGGCGAGGCCGUCAUCAAGAACACUCAACAGGUGGGCGGGGUAAGCGGGCAGAAGGGGAUGGAUGCAGCCACAAUAGUCUGACUGGUGUGGUGUGGUUGGUGUAAGGGUGACAUCGGUGGGAUCAUCGAGGCCAUCGACACAUUCUCCCGCAAGUCAUGGAUGAUGAACGUCGGCGCCACAAAAGGAGGUGAGCCAGGCGGGCAGGCGUGCAAUCAGGCAGACAGCGCGUUGGCUUCAUUGAGUGGUGUUUCCGUUGGUCAGAGUUGUUGGAGAGGCUCUUGAAGGAGAGGCAGCCGUCGUGCGUGUUGGAGGUGGGCACCUUCUGUGGCUACUCAGCUCUCCACAUGCUGCGGGCCCUACCGCAGUCAAGUCGUCUCACGACAAUAGAGAUCGACCCCGAAACCGCCGCCGUGGCCAGGAGCAUUUUGGCGCAUGCGGGCGUUGCUGACCGGAUAGACCUGCGAGUUGGUGCGUCAGGGGACGUCUUGCCCAGCCUCAAAGGCCCUUUCGAGUUCAUUUUCAUGGACCAUUGGAAGGGGGAGUAUCUGAAGGACCUGCAGACGCUGGAGAGGCUCCGUCUUACCGCAUCGGGAGGCACUCUGGUGUUCGACAAUGUGAGAUAUCCGCCUGGCGGUGCGAGUGAGCUGUUGAGCUUCCUCGAGGACACAUCUGAUUAUGACGUCGAGUUUGUGGAUAUCCCAUUCGAGUAUCGGGAUGAUAUACCUGACGCUGUGGCUGUGGCACAGUACAAGCCGGGCAAGGGGGCGGGGGGCAUACUCAUGUGAUGGAUGGAUGGAGGGGUG